GAAAAAUUGUCAAAAUCGUACUAUAACUUUUCAAAGCCACAGAUAUUGAACAAGAAGAACUCAGAUAAUUUUUAAUUAAUUAAAAAUAAAUGUCGAAGUUCAUUAGAAAUUUUGACUGGAAUACCUCAUAAGCUAAUAAUUUCUAUUAAACAUACAUACAUAUAUAAAACUCAUACAUGUGCAGAGGUCGGAAUUUCCUCACACGUAUUUAAUAUAAACGAGCAGAUGCUGGAAUGCUUUAUUACUGUUAAAUAACAUUGAUGCUCUGCUUGUGCGCUGUUAUCUAACAACAUGAGUAUGGCACGCGCAGAACACCAGUCGACUAAACAUUUACGCCAGCCAUUUCGCCUUUGCAGAAAUCCAAUCUACGGUGAUUUAACAAACUCUAAAAUAUGUCGUUUCAAAUACUUGUGAGAACGCUCCACGAAAGGGUGUACGUGAUAGCAAAAUAAUAGAAAAAGUUGAAUAAAAGGACUUACACAAAAAAAUUUUUUCCAUUAAUUAUAAUCGAAAAAUUAAGUGACAGAAAAUUAAUAUAUUAUUUAAUACUUAAUAAACAAAGUGAAGGUUUUAAAAAUAAAUAUAUGUUCAGAACGCCUCAAUACGACUUGGCAGUUUUAACCUAAAACGGUGGAAAGUUUAUGGAACAUAAAGAAAUAAACAAAAUAUAUUUUUAUUAUCCAUUAUAAUUCAUUAAAGAGGUAUUGUGCAAUGCAUUGGAUAUUGUUUGAUUGUAAAGAUAUAUAAUGUUUUAUCACGUGUUUUAAACCCUGCAUAAACCGUCCAUGAUCGCACAAAUAUGUUUGAUACUUUCAAUUUCUUCAGGCCACAACAAACAAUGAGCUGGCUAUUACCAUCAAUCGCAGUCUUGGCGUUUUGCACCAAUGAAAAGGAAAUAAUAAAAUUAAAGAUACACAGUACAUAUAAUUAUUUAUUGUGCAAUGUUUUGGUUGUACUUUAACCAAAGUAAACUCCUUGAACAUCCGUCUAUUCGACAUUCAGAAUACCAAAAACAGCGUUUAUGUCUAUCCUCAUCGCUCGUGCAUUCCUCAAUCGCAACUUUCGAAACAAGUAUCAUCUCAAGAUCUGAUAAGUCGAAAAGCCGUUUUGCAUUUUUAAGGCUAACAAAAUGCUCACGGGAUUCGGUUUUUCAUAUUGGCUUGCAGUUCUUUAUUUUAUUAAUACUAUCUUGCCGUAUUGAAAGGUUUCAUUGUUUACCUGAUGGGCGAGCGACUUGUCGGUCGGUGCCAGGAUUAACUAAAGACCAACUUGAACUUUGCUACAAAGCCAGUGAUGUGGCGGCAGCAGCCCUCGAAGGUCUAGACAUGGCAAUUCGCGAAUGCCAAUUACAGUUUCUGUGGAAUCGUUGGAAUUGUUCAUCCGUUAGCACAAAAAUUCGUAACCCACAUGUUUCAAAUCUUCUUAAAAAAGGGUACAGGGAAAGUGCGUUUGUGUUUGCUAUCUCGGCAGCUGGUGUAGCCCAUAAUGUUGCUCGAGCUUGUAGUCAAGGACGACUGGUGUCUUGCGGUUGUGAUCCUUCAAUUAAUAGGAAAUCGCUAAACAGAAAUCUUAGAAGAAGUCUUGAUAAGGAGAAGAAGUUAUUUCUCCAAUACUUAGAAACCAAUCAAAUACUAACACCUGAAGAGGAAAAGAAGUACGAACGGGCGAAAAUUACUAGCCGUUGGAAAUGGGGAGGGUGUUCUCAUAACAUGGAUUUCGGUGUUGAGUUUUCUAAGUUAUUCUUGGAUUGCCGUGAGAAGGCUGGAGAUGUCCAAUCAAAAAUCAACCUACAUAAUAACAAUGCUGGACGGAUCGCUGUUUCCAAUCAUAUGGAGCUACGAUGUAAAUGUCACGGAAUGUCCGGCAGUUGCCAGUUAAAAACUUGUUGGAAAUCUGCACCUAAUUUUCACAUAGUUGGUAAAUCUAAGCAUCAGUUUCGACGGGCCAUAUUGGUGGACCAAUCUAACUUGGGAAAUGGGGAACCGAUAGUUGUACUAAAGCGCUCACGAACUAAAAAACAAAAUUCUGCCACGAAAAUUGAACAGGUUGAUGACCGAGAACGAAAUAAUCGACCAAUUCGCAAAAUGAAGAUUGAAAAAAAUGAAAAAAGGUCUGCCGGUUCCCUUCAGACAUCCUUAUUUUACUACCAAAGAUCUCCGAAUUUUUGUGAGAGAGAUUUAAGCGCAGAUAUUCAAGGAACAUCAGGCCGGAAAUGCAACCACAACAGUACUGUUAGCGACGGUUGCACAUCACUGUGUUGUGGCCGAGGUUAUAAUUUGGUCAAGGAAAAACGGGCCGAGCGCUGUAAUUGCAAAUUUCAAUGGUGUUGCAAAGUGGAAUGUGAUGAAUGCCAAAUCGAGGAGUGGAUAAGCGUGUGUAAUUAAUUUUCUCUAUUUAAUAUUAUUAACACAUAAAUCGAAAAAUUAGAAGGUAAAUAAAAGAUUGCCGGAUGUGAAAGAGUCUUGCUGUAGUUGUAAAUAUGUAUAAACUUAAAGUUAGAAACAAUAUGUACUUGCAUAAUUCUUGUAAUCAUCAUAAAAGUCAUGAAGUACAUAUAUAUAUAUAUAUAUAUUUAUUUUGCACAUUGUAAAAGUCAUGUAUUUUAUAUUGAAUAAAUAAAAGAGUAGAUAUCACA